AUGCAUCUCCGAUCAGACCACGCCGAGAAGGACCUCCGCGUCCUCCGAAAACUGAUCCGGGAGAACCCCCUCGGUCUGAUGACCACUGCAAUCCCCUCAACAGAACACGCCUUUCUCCAGACUAGCCACAUCCCUUUUGUGCUCGACAUCGAAGAUGAGUCCAGUGAGACAGAACUCGGACGCCUGCGGUGCCAUAUGGCGAGGCAGAACCCCCAGAGCAAGGCCAUGAUGCAGAGCUUGACCGACAACCCGGCGCUGGAAAACGUCAUCGAGCAGGACGUCCUCAUCAUCUUCAACUCUCCGGUCCAGCACUACGUCACGUCAAAGUUCUACACCGAGACAAAGCUCGGCAGCGGCAAGGUCGUGCCCACGUGGAACUACGCCGCGGCCCAAGUCUACGGUCGGGCAAAGGUCUACUACGACGGCAAGUCCGACGAGACGGCAGAGUUCCUGCAAACGCAGAUGGUCGACCUCAGCCACCAAUCCGAGACUCAGAUCAUGGGGUACACCGGCGGCGACGCGCCCGUGGAAUGGAAGGUCUCCGACGCCCCCAGCAAAUACGUCGACCUCCUGAGGAAGGCCAUUAUCGGGGUUGAGAUCACCAUAACUAGGUUAGAGGGCAAGUUCAAGAUGAGCCAGGAGAUGGGCGUCGGCGACAGGGAGGGCGUUGUCAAGGGAUUCGCAAAGCUGGAGUCAGAGACGGGACAGGCCAUGUCGAAGCUGGUUAAGGAACGGUGGGAGAUUAAGGAUGCCGCCAAGGCGGCGGCCAACUAG